CUGAUUUGGGGAAUUUUGUUUUGUUUUUCUUUUUUUAAAGAGCUGACGCAAGUUUGACAAAGGGAGGUGUUGGAGGGGGGGAGCAGUGUUGGUGAUUGGUUUGUUGGGUUUACUCCCACAACUCUUUAAAUCAUUGCCUAGCUGCACAAAGGUUCAUAUAAGUAAACUCUUUUACAGGUGUCUAUCAUUCCAAACAAUUAAGAAAAGAGGGGAAGAUUGGAUGGUUGGCUUGGAGAACAGUGUUCAGAAAGUCCAUAUAUGGUGGAAGAAACUCAAACUCAAGGUCCAGUCCAUUGUUUGCAGUGAAGAAGAGUAGUACUCUAGAGAGUAGGAAACUCUGACGACUCAAAUGGAUCCCAUGGAAGUGCAAAAAGUCAACAUCCAACUUGAUGACCAAAGCAGUAGUGGAGAAAGUGUCCCAGACAGCUAUAUUGAGAUGGUAAAUUCGGUAAAAGCUCCUAUUAAAAGCCAAUUUGCUAAUGGUGAUGAUGAGAGCCAGAAGUUUCUGACAAAUGGAUUUCUAAGCAAAAAAAAUUUGGAAGAUUAUGAUGAAGAACAUCAUCCUGGAACCACAUCUUUUGGAAUGUCAUCUUUCAACCUCAGUAAUGCCAUUAUGGGGAGUGGAAUCUUAGGGCUGUCUUAUGCCAUGGCCAACACUGGAAUAAUACUUUUUAUAAUCAUGCUGCUUACUGUGGCAAUACUGUCCCUCUAUUCAGUUCAUCUUUUACUGAAGACAGCCAAAGAAGGAGGCUCAUUAAUUUAUGAAAAAUUAGGGGAAAAAGCAUUUGGAUGGCCUGGGAAAAUUGGAGCUUUUGUUUCCAUUACAAUGCAGAACAUUGGAGCAAUGUCAAGCUACCUCUUUAUUAUUAAAUAUGAACUCCCUGAAGUAAUCAGGACAUUCAUGGGACUUGAAGAGAAUACUGGAGAAUGGUACCUCAAUGGCAACUACCUCGUUAUAUUUGUGUCUGUUGGGAUUAUCCUUCCACUUUCUCUUCUUAAAAAUUUAGGUUACCUUGGUUAUACCAGUGGAUUUUCUCUUACCUGCAUGGUAUUUUUUGUCAGCGUAGUUAUCUAUAAGAAAUUCCAAAUUCCUUGCCCUCUACCUGACCUGGAUCACAAUGUUGGAAAUGUGACAUACAACAAUACAUUUCUGAUGCACCUCAAGAUGUUACCCAACAAAUCUCAGAUUCCUGAAGUGAAUUUCAUGAUGGAUUAUACUAAUGGAAAUGUUGCAAGUCUAGAUGAGAAGCAGACCAAAGAUUCUCUUCAUAGGAGAGAUGUAGAAUAUGAAGCCCAGAGUAUGGAUAAAUGUCAACCAAAAUACUUUGCAUUUAACUCACGGACUGCCUAUGCAAUCCCCAUUCUUGCAUUUGCUUUUGUAUGCCACCCUGAGGUUCUUCCAAUCUACAGUGAACUUAAAGAUCGGUCUCGAAAGAAAAUGCAGACUGUGUCAAACAUCUCCAUCACAGGAAUGCUGAUAAUGUAUCUGCUUGCUGCCCUGUUUGGUUACCUUAGCUUCUAUGGUAAGUUAAAGCCACGUUCUUUUUAAAAACUCUUGUCAGGGAUAGCUCAGUGGAUCGAGAGCCAGACCUAGAGAUGGGAAGUCCUAGGU